AUGGCAUCGCAACAGCUCAAUCGACCUGCGGACUUUACGUAUUCUCCACUCAACGAGAGUCGAAAUGAGAUUCGUGUUCUCAACUUACAGACACUUGAGCUGCCACCACUAGCUAAUCUACGUGACGAGCCUCCCGAAUGGCAUGGCCUUGUUCACUGCACGUUACAACACGUUUCGCUAGAUGCCCACCUCUCAGAUUACCGUCUUUUUGAAUCCAACUCUCGAAUCAAGCCACUUUCUAGACGCAACAGCGACGAGGGGUGGCGACGCUUUUCCAACGAGCGAUAUCGGUCGCUCAGCCCGACGAGGGCCAGUUCACCGGCCGAGCGCGCCCGAUCGCAUCACCGAUAUCAUCGUUUCGCAUGGGGCGACUAUGGAGCCCUCAGUUAUGCUUGGGGUGACCAGUCUGUCAAGGUUCCGAUUAUCAUGGACGGGCAGGUCGUUUUGGUAGGACAGAAUCUCGAAGCAGCACUCAGGGCCUUAUCAUCAGAUCCAGAUUAUGUUGAAGGGCUGAAGAUUUGGGUGGAUGCCAUUUGCAUCAAUCAAAAAGACCAUGUUGAGCGCAACCGCCAGGUCAAGCGCAUGCGCAUGAUAUACGGGAAAGCGCUGAUAGUCUCCAUCUGGCUGGGAAAGGUGCCAGAUGAUGCGAUCAACGACAUGGCGGUCCUGCACAAGUGCAUCGUGAAGUGUCAGAGCGAGACUGCAGCCUCCAAGGUUUUGGAAGACGUCAUGGCGGAUCCUGAGAAAAGAGAAAUCAUCAGGAACACAAUCGACAUCGUCGUUGGAGCCCAAUAUUGGACUCGGGUAUGGGUGAUCCAGGAAAAGUGCCUUGGACCAGUCAACCCCUCAAUAUUGUUCGGAACAUUUCGUAUGGGAUUGGUUCCACUCAAAAACUUCCUGCAGCGGGCGACCAACAUCCGCGGCGCCGUGAGGGCACGUGAGAAAGUAUGGAGGGUUCUGAAGCUGGUCGAGUUGGUUGAGGCCAAUCAAGAGCGUGUUCGUCGCGGUCGUGCGCAGACAGCGGAAGAACGAAGGAAGGAUCAAGACGAUUUGGGCUUGCUCCUAAUGGUUGGCCGACUCGCUGGCUCACUGGACCUUCGAGAUCGACUGUAUGGGUUGAUGGGAAUGAUCCCCGAGUAUGUGACAACUCAUGUGGAGCCUGACUACACGAAGGAUGUUGCGGAAGUAUUCUGCGAUUUCGCCCGAGCUCUCGUUACUGGGUUCGAGUCAUUCGAUAUCAUUCUUACGGGGACGUCGAACUCCAACCUCGAUCUCCCUUCUUGGGUGCCUGACUUGACUUCUGAAUGGGACCCCUAUCUUUGGGGAACUGAUUGCGAUGCAAGCUGGGGACAGGAAGCUGACUUCAGACUUGACAGUGGGGGAAAGAUUCUGGUUGUCAAAGGAUUUCAAGUUGAUGUUGUUGACGGAACCGCACCUCAUCUUGGAUGGGCGAGCGGAGGACUUUCAGUCCUGCAGGACGCGGUCCAGCCAACUCAUUCAAGACUACCGGAAAGUCCGAAGGAAGCAAUCACGAAGACUCUUCACAGAGCCGCUAUAUAUGACUGCACUUCUGGUACCACGAUUCUCGACAUCCCAUGGCUCAAUAGCCUGGAUUCGAAUGACCCGGACGUUGUGGCUCUGAAGGAGCGAGGUUGGGGCCCUGUUCUUAACCACGCGAACCUCAACGACUUCAAUCAGUUCCGGAAACAAAUCGAUACGCAUUGGAAGCCUUGGGAGAGGGAUUUCAAAUCGUUCUUCCCUCAGACUGAGGACGUCGGCCAAUGCAAAUCUCCAAAGUCUUUUAUCGAAUCUUUGGAUAAGCACGUCGGAGUCGUAUACCCGGUCUUCACUACCGAGGCAGGUCUGUUCGGAACGGCGACGUUAAAGUCUUUGCAGAAAGGAGACUCGAUAUUCGUGAUCUUAGGUUGUUCUGCGCCAAUCAUCAUGCGAAAGAAGGAUAGUGGAUGGCAGGUGGUCGGGCAGUGCUUUGUAGAAGGCCUCAUGCGUGGCGAAGCAAAGUCAUGGCUGGAAAAUGGUAGCAAAGCGCUUGACGAGAUUCGGAUUAUUUAG